CUUCUCUCCCAGCAGGCUCGCAGCCCUAAGCCCCACCAUGGAGGAUGGUCAUGAGCUGGACCUUACCUACAUCACAGAGCGCAUCAUUGCUGUGUCCUUCCCUGCUGGCUGCUCCGAAGAGUCUUAUCUGCUCAACCUGCAGGAGGUCACGCGUAUGCUCAAGUCCAAGCAUGGGGACAACUAUCUGGUAUUAAACCUUUCAGAAAAGAGAUAUGACCUUACAAAGCUUAACCCAAAGUUAAUUCUGUCUCUCUCUCUCUUCUUCCCCAGUGCUGACCAGGCCCUUGACAGAUUUGCAAUGAAGAAGUUUUAUGAUGACAAAGUUUCGGCUUUAAUGCAGCCUUCCCAGAAACGGUACGUGCAGUUUCUCAGCGGGCUUCUCUCAGGGUCAGUGAAGAUGAAUGCCUCGCCCUUGUUCCUGCAUUUCGUCAUCCUGCACGGCACCCCUAACUUCGACACUGGAGGAGUGUGCCGGCCCUUUCUGAAGCUCUACCAAGCCAUGCAGCCUGUGUAUACAUCAGGGAUCUACAAUGUUGGCUCAGAAAACCCCAGCAGAAUCUGCAUUGUCAUAGAGCCGGCCCAGCUGCUGAAAGGGGACAUCAUGGUGAAAUGCUACCACAAGAAGUAUCGUUCGGCCACCCGUGAUGUCAUUUUCCGCCUGCAGUUUCACACUGGGGCUGUGCAGGGCUAUGGACUGGUGUUUGGAAAGGAGGAUCUGGACAGUGCCUGCAAAGAUGACCGUUUUCCAGACUACGGGAAGAUUGAGUUAGUCUUCUCGGCCACACCUGAGAAGAUCCAAGGCUGUGAGCAUCUGCACAAUGACCAUGGGGUGAUUGUGGACUACAACACGGCAGACCCAUUGAUCCGCUGGGACUCCUACGAGAACCUGAGUGCAGAUGGAGAAGUUCUGCACACUCAGGGCCCCGUGGAUGGCAGCCUCUAUGCCAAGGUGAGGAAGAAGAGCUCCUCAGAUCCUGGCAUCCCUGGCAGUCCCCAGACUGUGCCAACUGCCAGCAGCCCAGACCACAGUGACCACACCUUGUCAGUCAGCAGUGACUCAGGCCAUUCCACUGCCUCGGCCAGGACCGAUAAGACCGAGGAGCGCUCAGCCCCGGGAGUUCGGAGGGGCCUGAGUCCCCAGGAGAAGGCUGAGUUGGACCAGCUGCUCAGUGGUUUUGGCUUGGAAGAUUCCCGGGGCUCCCUUAAGGACAUGACUGAUGCUCGCAGCAAAUACAGCGGGACACGCCAUGUGGUGCCUGCUCAAGUCCAUGUGAAUGGAGAUGCCACCCUGAAGGACCGGGAAACAGAUAUUCUGGAUGAUGAGAUGCCCCACCAUGACCUGCACAGUGUUGACAGCCUGGGCACCCUCUCCUCCUCUGAAGGGCCGCAGUCGGCCCACCUGGGACCCUUCACCUGCCACAAGAGCAGCCAGAACUCCCUCCUGUCUGAUGGCUUUGGUAGCAAUGUUGGUGAAGAUCCGCACGGCACCCUUGCUCCUGACCUGGGCCUUGGUGUGGAUGCCCUCUAUGAGCGGGAGCGGACGUUUGGAAGCCGAGAACCUAAGCAGCCACAGCCUCCGCUGAGGAAACCCUCUGUGCCCACCCCUACGCAGGCUUUUGGGCCGAGCAGCUACUCCACCCAGACCUGGGUUCGUCAGCAACAGAUGGUGGCCGCUCAUCAGUACAGCUUUUCCCCCGAUGGGGAGGCCAGGCUAGGCAGUCAGGGCACAGCAGACAGUUCUGGCCUGCCUCAGACACAGCCACGGCUUCCUAUCACCCCAACCCGUGGAACCAGUAGCAGAGUGGCUGUCCAGAGAGGCAUUGGCAAUGGACCGAAUCCCCCUGACACACAGCAACCCUGUCCUAGCAAAGUGUUCCAGCCCAGGUUUCCAGAAGAUAAGGUCAUGAACGGAACCAGCCAGGACCUGAACGUGGGCCCCUCCCCAGGCUCUCCCACCCUGGACAUAGACCAGUCCAUUGAACAACUCAACAGGCUGAUCUUGGAGCUGGACCCCACCUUUGAGCCUUAUCCAACCCACAUUAACACCCUCAACAGUAUGGCCAAUGGCCCCGUGUGUCCAGAUGGCAUGGGAGGUGGGCUCCGGGUGAGCAGCAGGCUGCCUGACGCAGCCGAGGGCCCCAGCAGGAACCCCGGGCGGCAAGGCCCCUCCAGUGAUGAUUCCCUGGGCGGAAGACUCCGGAAACUGAGCCUUGGACAGUAUGAUAAUGAUGCUGGAAGCCAACUGUCCUUCUCCAAGUGUGGAUGGGGAAAGGCCGGCAUGGACUCAGCCUCAAGCCUGGAGCCGUUUCCCUCUCCAGCAGAUAUCAAAGAGACGAUGAUCACUGCAUAUCCCCCAGACCUCGACAUGAUCGACGGUAGGAUUUUAAAUACCAAGGAGUCCGUAUGUUCGACCCCAGCAUUCCCCGUGUCUCCAGAAACACCAUAUGUGAAAACAUCUCCACGCUACCCUCCCUUCAGCCCACCUGAGCCUCAGACGAGCAGCCCUGCCAGUCUGCACAAAGGAGGACGGGAACCACGAGGCUGUCCUGAGAUUCUCAGCCACACUGUGGGGAUGUCAGAGAGCCCCAUUGGACCCAAACCCACGAUGCUUCGGGCCGAUGUGCCUGCGACGCCCAGCUUUCAGCAGGCCUUUGCAUCUUCCUGCACCAUUUCAAGCAAUGGUCCUGGCCAGAGGAGAGACAGCCAGCCUUGUGCAGAACGCCCGUGGGUGGAGAGCAGCCCCAAAUCCACACUCUCUCUCCUGGGGAGCAGCCGGCCCUCUGGAAGUCCCCUCGGCACCAACGAAUUCUCCAGCCCCGGAAAGGACUCCGCAGGCCUGUCCUGCUUCCCAUCGUCCGAGCUCCAGGCCUCUUUCCAUGGCCAUGAGCUGUCCAUGGUGGAGCCACAGGACUCUCUGGUCCCCACAAGCAACCAGGCCUUCCUGGGUUUCAGCACCAAUCCAGUAGGAAGUGGCCUUCCAUCUGAAGAGGACCCAGGAGCUUUGCUGGCCAAUUCCCAUGGAGCAUCUCCGGCCCCUGGCCCGCCGCUGACAACAGCAGGGGCUGCCGACAAUGGCUUCCUGUCCCACAAUUUUCUUACAGUGGCACCUGGACACAACAACCACCAUAGUCCAGGCCUGCAGGGCCCAGGAAUGACCCUGCCUGGGCAGCCACCCCUCCCUGAGAAGAAACGGGCCUCAGAAGGGGAUCGUUCUUUGGGCUCCGUUUCUCCCUCCUCCAGUGGUUUCUCCAGCCCACACAGUGGGAGCACUAUCAGCAUCCCCUUCCCAAAUGUCCUUCCGGACUUUUCCAAGCCUUCAGAAGGGGCCUCACCUUUGCCAGAUAGUCCAGGGGAUAAACUUGUGAUUGUGAAGUUUGUUCAAGACACUUCCAAAUUCUGGUACAAGGCAGAUAUUUCAAGAGAACAAGCCAUUACCAUGUUGAAGGACAAAGAGCCAGGAUCAUUCAUCGUUAGGGACAGUCACUCCUUUCGAGGGGCCUAUGGCUUGGCCAUGAAGGUUGCCACACCACCUCCUUCAGUCUUGCAGAUGAACAAGAAAGGUGGAGAUUUGUCCAAUGAACUUGUUCGGCAUUUUUUGAUCGAGUGUACCCCAAAGGGAGUGCGGUUGAAAGGAUGUUCCAAUGAACCAUAUUUUGGGAGUCUGACUGCUUUGGUGUGUCAGCAUUCCAUCACGCCUUUGGCCUUGCCCUGCAAGUUGCUCAUUCCAGAGAGAGAUCCAUUGGAGGAAAUAGCAGAAAAUUCUCCCCAGACAGCAGCCAACUCAGCCGCUGAGUUGUUGAAGCAGGGAGCAGCCUGCAACGUGUGGUACUUGAACUCCGUGGAGAUGGAGUCCCUCACUGGCCAUCAGGCAGUCCAGAAGGCCCUGAGCAUGACCCUGGUUCAGGAGCCACCCCCAGUGUCCACGGUAGUGCACUUCAAAGUGUCUGCCCAGGGCAUCACCCUGACGGACAAUCAGAGGAAGCUCUUCUUCCGGAGGCAUUACCCCGUGAACACAGUGAUUUUCUGUGCCUUGGACCCACAAGACAGGAAGUGGAUCAAAGAUGGCCCUUCUUCCAAAGUCUUUGGCUUUGUGGCCCGGAAGCAGGGCAGUGCCACAGACAACGUAUGCCACCUGUUUGCCGAGCACGACCCUGAGCAACCUGCCAGCGCCAUCGUCAACUUUGUGUCAAAGGUCAUGAUUGGCUCCCCAAAGAAGAUCUGAGAGUCUCUCCUAACCCAGACCCACUGGACGCCUCUCGCAACCUUCAAGACAGCAGUGGGGUCAGGUGGGGCCCCCAAUUUGUACCAAACUGAUAAUCGUGGCAUUUUAGGCCCAGGAGGGGAAAGAGACUUGCCAACUUUACCAAACAAGAACAAACAACGUCACUACGCAUUGGCCUCCCCUGAGAGUAACUUCUCGUCCUACACAUCUCUGUAGCCGGGUGCUUUUGGGGUGGAAAGAACUGGGCACAGGGCGUGCCUACUGAGGGUCCAGAAGGUUCCCAGCACACCAGCAUCUGUGAGAAUGAGAAACACCCAGCUCGCUUGGCAGGAAGCUGAGUGAUCACAGCACCCCGCCAUCGGCAGAAGCACCCCUGCCCAGGAAUGCUCAAGGCCAGUGGUCUCCCUCACCGUGGUCUUCCCACCACAGAGAUGUUGACAAAACCCAGGAGGGGAUGAAUGUUUGACGAAGGUUCGCGUAGGUCAGACCCUUCCGGAACACGGCGGGGACGUGAAGGAGGCGAGGAGGUGUGGGCUGUGAGGAUGAGGGUGGUAAGGACCUUUUGGCAUUGUGGAGAAGCAGGGGGAUGUCAGACCCCACCCGUAUCGUGGUGACGACUCUACACUCUCGCUUACAUAUGGCGAGCAGGCCGGGGAGGACCCUGAAGGGAGAAAUGAGAAAACAGAAACUAAAAUGCCAUUUCUAUGUAAUUUAUAUUUUACUUAUGCCAAAUUAUUUAUAUAACAGUUUGCCAUUGCUAUACUG